UUCUUGAAAAUAAAUAUUGACAUGUUUUGAAAACUUAUUACUUAUCAAACGAGUGGAGUGAAUAAAUAAAAGAGUUCUAACAAAAUUUAAAAAAUGGAAAAGUUUAAAAUUAGAAAUAGAUUGUCAAAAAUUGUCAAAAUUCUUGUAAAAUGAAACAACCCGAAUUAACUAUCGAGCAAGGAAAAUUGCUUGGUUCAACUGGGAAAGACAUCCGAGGAACCCCUUUUUACAAAUUUCAAGGAAUCCCCUAUGCUAAACCUCCCCUUGGCAAUCUUAGGUUUAAGGCCCCUGAACCUCCUGAACACUGGGAAGGAAUUCUUGAUGCCACCAAACCCGGAAAUGUGAGCUUUCAACGCGAUUUAUUUCGUCAAAAAAUCACAGGGAGUGAAAAUUGUCUAGUUUUGAACGUUUACACACAAAACAUUCCAGAUGGUAUCCACACCAACUUGUAUCCAGUUCUGGUGUGGAUACACGGGGGUUAUUUUAUUUUUGGGUCCGGGAAUGACGACGUUUACGGCCCUGAAUUUUUACUGACUGAAAAUUUAGUCCUCGUUACGGUUAAUUAUCGUCUGGGAAUGUUGGGGUUUUUGUGUUUGGAAGACUUGUCACUGAAUGUACCUGGAAAUGCCGGAUUGAAAGACAUAGUAAUGGCCUUAAAGUGGGUGCAGAAGAAUAUUUAUAAGUUUUGUGGGGAUCCUCACAAUGUUACAAUUUUUGGACAAGAUGCCGGCGGUUCCAGUGUCCAUCUUCUAUUUUUGUCACCUUUGACCAAAGGGCUUUUUCAUCGAGCAAUUGCCCAAAGUGGGUGUGCAGUGAAUCCGUGGGCCAGGGGGACUAAAGGAGGUAACACCAUUGCUGAAGUUCUAAAAAUGGGAUUGAAUGAUGAAAAAGGACUUCUUGAAUGCUUAAUGAAAAAAUCAGUUGAGGAAGUUUUUGAAAUUCAAGAAAAAAUUAUUGAUAAAUUGGUAGCGUCUGAAAUCAGACCUUUCGGUUAUGUUCUUGAGUCUUUUAAUAACAAGUUUGCUUUUAUUACCGAAGAACCGCUGCAAGCUAUGUUGGGGGGAAGGUUUAACCAUGUACCGUUGAUUGUUGGUUUUACAAAUUCUGAAGGGAUGGAAAUUUACAAAAAUUUGAAAACUCAAGGUUUGCCACCUCUUGAAACUUUCGUUCCUUGGAGUUUCAACUAUAAUAUGGACAAGACUGAAACGGAUAAAUUAUGUGACAGGAUUAAGAAAUUUUAUUUUGAAAAUGAAGAUCCGCUCAAACAAGUCAACAAAAUUUAUGAAUUAAUAUCUGACUCAAUGUUUAUUUUCCCACUUUUCCAAACAGUAAUGAUUUUAUUUCACAAAAACAAAGCGCCCACAUAUGUCUAUAUGAUAUCAGCAGAGACUAAAUUAAAUUUCUACAAAAAGUUGGCCAAAAUUAAAGAACCUGGUGUUUCACAUUUUGACGACAUUGGUUACCUUUUUAAAACGUUGAAAACUCCUGAAAUUAAAUCUGGAAGUGUGGAAGAACUUGUAGUAACAAAAUUUAUAAAACUUUGGAGCAAUUUUGCGACAUUUGGAGAACCAACUCCUCAUAAACGGGAUCCACUGUUGAAAGUUAAAUGGAAACCCAUGAAAAAACACGAAAUUGAAUUUCUUGAUAUUGGGAGAGAGUUGAAAGUUUCAUUAAACCCGGUGCAUGAUAGGAUGUAUUGUUGGAAGGGUAUUUUCAGCGAAAGUCCCACUGGGAAGCGAACAGAAUGCCCAUUUUUGAAACAACUAUUAUUCUAAGACAUUGAAACAAAAGAAAAAAUAAGAAAAUACAUAAGGUGAUUCGAAUGAAAACGAUCAGUUUUUUAUAUUUAUUUAUAUGUAUUUACAAUUGUUAUAAUAUACUAAACGUAUACCAUAUAAAAAUAUUCUUUCGCUACAACUACAAUGCAUAAUUUAUAAAUUAUUGUAUAAAAUAGAAAGUUAAAUAACUCGAUAAAACAAUUUAUUAAAAUUGAUCCCCAAUACGAGUGCAAAAAACUGUCUUUUCU